AUGGUAAGGGCGUUCAGGGCCGUUGGCCUUGGUACUCUCGCUGGAGCUGGAACCUUCACCCUUUGGACCAGACAAUGUCGGAUGGAAGGCCUGGGCAGAGAUGAUCCUGUGUUUCUUCGGCCUUCCUUCGCCAAAUUUAACCCGUCCUCAACGCCUUCGUCUGAGAUGCGUGACAUCUGUACUCGCCGCCUUUCCCUCGAUGAGAUCAGGCCCGACCUGUUAGAGAACAGCCGCAAAGGCGGAUCGGCAUUAGUGGAAGGAUUUGCUCAAGGCGUCUGGGGUGGAUUUGGCUACACACCUCAGAGAUUCCUCCUGAAUCUGGUUCUGGGCGGUCUCCCGGAGAGCGAGAACCAGUUGUGGUCGAAACAAGAGCUAAUAGAGAACGAGUACGAGAUUGGCACUGAGUUCACCGACCACGGCAUCGUCGUCGAGAAGGACCAACAGUCAAUUCUCUUUCGCAUGUCCGACUCUCCAAGGAACUGUCCCGACUCACCGCGAGACAUGGAUGGGCUGAUUGAGCUGCGCGUGGAAUCGGACUUUGCCAACAAGCAUGUUGAUCUCAUAUUCAAGACGGUUUUCUUUGCGGGCACAGGAUUCAAAGGUCCUCCUGGGGGAAAGUUCAUCCCAGGUCCCGUAGAUUGGGCACAUCGUCAGUAUACAAAGUUAUUGGUGGAAGCGGCUGUCGCGAGGGUACGGCGAUGA